GUCACGUGGGGCGACGCGGGGUGGCUGCCGGGAGCUGGCUGCCCCGAACGCCGAGGGGCCGGCGUCCGCCGCGGUUAAUGUGUCCGCCGGCCGUAUAGGGGCCAUGCCGCCCGGGCCCCGGGCCUUCCCCGCUGUGCGCCCCGGCCGCCGCGCCCCGCGUCCGCGCCGGCAUGGUGAACCUGGCGGCUAUGGUGUGGCGCCGGCUCCUCCGGAAGAGGAGGAGAGGGCAGUGAGAGAUCGGAAUCUCCUCCAGGUUCAAGACCACGACCAGCCCAUUCCGUGGAAAGUGCAGUUUCACCUGGGCAACAGCAGUCGGCCUGGCAACCAGUGCCGGAACUCCAUUCAAGGGAAGCACCUCAUCACGGACGAGCUAGGAUACAUUUGUGAAAGGAAGGAUUUGCUGGUGAACGGCUGCUGUAAUGUCAACGUCCCCGGCACGAAGCAGUACCGCUGUGAUGGCUGCCUGCCCAACGGCUGCUGCAGCGCUUACGAGUACUGCGUGUCCUGCUGCCUGCAGCCCAGCAAGCAACUUCUCCUGGAGCGCUUUCUCAACCGGGCAGCUGUGGCAUUCCAGAACCUCUUCAUGGCCGUCGAAGAUCACUUUGAAUUGUGUUUGGCCAAGUGCAGAACCUCAUCCCAGAUCACACUUCGAUUCUUUUGAGAUGGAAAUGCUGGCGUACCAAGAGACAGGAACUGGACGGCGGGCGACACACACCCUUUCUCUGUCUUCACACGCAACGCCAAAACAAACAGCCGUUGCCCUUGCUGCUCCCGGCCAUCUGCUGAAGGUGCACCUCGAGUUUUCCGAGUGAGCAUUGCUCAGUUAGCAAUCUGGCUUACAGAGAACCGAGGGGAUCAGCAAGGGAGAGGUAUGUACUGACCCCUUUGUAUUUUCUCAGGGGCAGAAACGGUGGGCUUUUGGUGACAUUCAGGCACCCCUGUCUUCUGCCUUAGUUGGAAUUUGGGAGGACAAAUUUCUCCCCAAUCUUUUUUUUUUUUUUCAGUCCUACCUAUAACAAAGAACAAGUAAAAGGGACUUUAAACAAAGGUGCUUUAAGCAGAAGGUUUGCAGAUACUACUUUCUUUCCUUCCUCAGUCCUUUCAAGAAAAGACAAAGGAAAGAGAUUUCGGCAUAACUUGUUUGAGAACAGCAAUCUGGUACUACCUACGCUCUUAUGAGAAAGAAAAAGCACAUAGUAGGAGCAGUGAACCUAGGUGCCACUUGGACGCUGUGGCUAGGUUCUUGCACAACAGUGGUCAAAGAAGCUUGGAAAAUGCUGGGUUUCUUUACUGCAGGACUUCUCAGAGCCUUUAUAAAGCCAGUGUUCAUUGUGAAGUUCCAAGAAGAAGACACGGAUGAGUUUUCCCAACUUUUCCUGACCACAGAAUCCUUGUGGGCAGAACCCCUCCAGGAACCGUAUUCCAUUGUCUACCCUUUAGAAAAAGGCUGGACUAGAUCGUCUUACAUUUUUCCUGAGAUAAAACCAGACUCUUAGAGAACGGCACCCUUUUCUUUGGCCACUUACGGAUUUGCUUGUGUUGACCUUCCCUUAACCUGCAAUGAGGGACAUUGUGUGGAAUUCAUUGUAUAAACUUGCUAUGAUUUUUACUGCAGAGAGGCCGUGAUUUUAGAUGACCUUUUUAACGUUUAUUUAUAUUAUUUAUUUGUGAGAGAGCGCGCGCGCGUGCGAGCUAGAGCAGGGAGGGGCAGAGACAGAGGGAGACAGAGAAUCCGAAGCAGGCUCCGCCCCGUCAGCACAGAGCCAGAUGCCAAGGCUCGAACCCCUGAACUGUGAGAUCAUGACCUGAGCCGAAGCCAGGAGUCGGAUGCUUAACCAACUGAGCCACCCAGGCGUCCCAAGGAGGUUGUAAUUUUAUAUAGCCUAUCGCCAAUAAAAGUUGUGCUUGCGUAA